UAUUGUGUAUCCCUUUGAAAUACAGUAAAAGUGAAUCUAUUGGACAUGGCUACGGCGCCCUACUCCGGAAAAAAUCCAGAAUGGAAGAAUCAGGCGAUGACUGGAUCAUUGCCCGACGACUUCCUGUGCAUCACUGCCACUCCUGAGCAACAGCAAGAAGCCCAAGAUCACGAAGCAGCGAUGGAAUUGCAAAGAAGAUCCAAUGCUCGGUUUUCGAAUGCCACAGGUGCCGGCAGAUUAGCCAUCGGAGUCAUCAGUGUAGUGAACAAGGGAUUCGGGAAAAUUUUUCAGGCGAAGUUGGUCAAGAACUACGGAAUGACAAGAAUGGAUCCAUACGUCCGAUUGCGCGUGGGGCACACGAUUUUCGAAACGCAUACGGAUAUAAGUGGAUCCCGAACACCUCGAUGGGAGAAAACAAUCCAGUGCCUGUUGCCAGCGGGCAUUGAUGCAAUUCACGUCGAAAUUUUUGAUGAAUGCUCAUUCACUGCUGAUGAGUUGAUCGCUUCGGCGUACAUACAAAUUCCGCCGGCUGUUCUUCGAGAAGGGAAAACAAUCGAUGAAUGGUUCGCGCUUUCCGGGAAACAAGGCGAAGGCCAGGAAGGUCACAUAAACCUCGUUCUGUCAUACUCGAAUAUCGCAGCCCCCAUGAUUGGUAAUCGGGUUACUCCGGGCUACUUUCCGUAUCAGUUCCCUCCAGCCGUGAUUCAAGGGCAGUAUGUUGCCCCUGCGGUUCCAGCUGGGGCCUAUGUUGCUGCUCCAGUGGUACCUGCAGGGGUACCUGUUGCCACCACGGGUGUGCCUGUUGCAGCUGUCCAACCCAAGCCACAAGCAUUGUCUGAGGCAGAUUUUAAAGAGCUCCAGGACAUGUUUCCGAAUGUGGAUGAGGCUGUGAUACGGACUGUGUCGGAAAACUGUUGCGGAGACAAGAGUCGUGCGGGCAGUCUCAGAACAUCAAUAAUGCCCAAAUUGUUCGUUAAAAUUCGCCGUCGGCGGAAGGAACUAGGUCUAGUGUUCUUGACAAUUUUUGUAAUUUUUGCCUUGAAAUCGAUCGUGAGCAGGAGCGAUUACGAACCAGAAGAUGUGCAAGGAAAUUUCUGGUUUAGGUGGCCCGUGGAAGCGAACGAAGAGACGAAAGAUUGGCAUAAUUACGAGCAAAUCAAGCAAGAAUCCGAGCGAUCCGGUAAUGGAGAAAAAGGAGCUCGACAUGUUACCCCGGAUUCCCCGGAAAAAGAUGCUGCGUAUAAGGUCAACGGCUUCAACGCAUUUGCCUCUGACCAGAUUGCCUUGGACCGAAGUUUGUCUGACAUCAGGCACGAAGGAUGCAAAAAACUGCAGUACAGGAAACACCUGCCCACGGCGAGCGUGGUUGUGCCAUUCCACAAUGAGCAUUUGUCCACUCUGUUGAGGACCGCCAUUUCUGUGAUAAAUCGAUCCCCACCCGAGCUGAUCAAGGAAGUCAUUCUCGUCGACGACUUCAGUUCGAAGGAUAUUUGCAAGAAACCCCUGGACGACUACGUUGCUGCGCAUUUGCCGAAAGAUAUUUGCAAGAAACCCCUGGACGACUACGUUGCUGCGCAUUUGCCGAAAGUGCGGAUCGUUCGGUUGAAGCAGCGAUCGGGAUUGAUUCUGGCCCGAUUGGCCGGAGCGAAAGUUGCCCAAGGAGAUGUGAUAAUCUUUCUGGACUCGCACUCGGAAGCGAAUGUCAAUUGGCUGCCACCUCUGUUAGAUCCGAUUGCCGAGGACAAGAGAACCGUCGUUUGUCCCUUUAUUGACGUAAUAGACUACGAAAAUUUCGAGUAUCGAGCGCAAGACGAAGGAGCGAGAGGUGCAUUUGACUGGGAGUUUUUCUACAAAAGACUCCCUGUUCUUCCGGAAGACGAGAAAAACAUGCCUAAACCCUUCAAGAGCCCCGUAAUGGCUGGCGGUUUGUUCGCCAUCAGUGCAGAAUGGUUUUGGGAACUCGGAGGAUACGACCCUGGGUUGCAAAUCUGGGGCGGCGAACAAUACGAGCUAUCCUUCAAGAUUUGGCAGUGCGGUGGAAAAAUGGUGGACGCUCCAUGCUCCCGAGUUGGCCACAUUUAUCGAAAAUUUGCCCCGUUUCCGAAUCCUGGAAUCGGUGACUUCGUUGGAAAGAACUACCGAAGGGUUGCUGUUGUUUGGAUGGACGAGUACGCGGAAUUUCUCUAUCGUCGUCGUCCGCAAUAUCGAAAAAUCGACCCUGGUGAUUUGACUGAGCAAAAGGCUGUUCGCGACCGGUUGCAAUGCAAGUCUUUCCGUUGGUUCAUGGAAGAAGUAGCCUUUGACUUGUCUGAAAAAUAUCCACCGAUUGAACCUCCGGAUUUUGCCGAAGGAGAGGUGAGAAGCAUUGCAUCUCCGAAUCUCUGCGUUGAUUCCCGGUUCAAGCAAAGUGGCGAACGAUUCGGUAUGGAAAUUUGCGUUUCUGACAACCCUAAAGGAGGAGGAGAACAACGUUUUUCUCUGACAUACCACAAAGACAUCAGGCCAGGAAAGCGGAGUGUUUGUUGGGACGUGUCUUCGGGCGAUGCUCGUGCCCCCGUUCUCUUGUGGAGUUGCCAUGGUACAGGUGGAAACCAACUCUGGAGCUAUGAUCAGGCGAGAAAAAUGAUAAUUCAUGGUCAUCACAUGAGGUGCUUGGACCAUAAUCCCGGCGCGAGGGAAAUUUACGUUUCCAAGUGCGACGACGAUUCCAGAACGCAGAAGUGGAAUUUUACGAUUGUGAGGUCAGAUUUAAUUGCCAAGUAUUGGGAUGAUCCGAAACAGGAACUGAAGGACCUCGCCGACGGGGCUCUGGAUGAUUUGGUUAAAAAUAAUGCCAUCAAAAAAUGAUGGGACGAUAAUGCUUUGUUCGGCGCUUUCGGUUUUGUUUGAUCUCGUGAUCAAACCAAGUUUUACCUGUUGAAAUGCCGUCAUUUCCUGAAAUUGACGAGAAAAAGUCCUCCGAAAAUAAUUUGUGAAAUGGACGAAUUAAUUCAAUUUUUAAAAUUAAAGUACAGAUGCGCCGUUGAGGGCGAUUUGGGCCAUGUUUCGAAUAGCUUUACGAGGAUUUUAAGCAAAACUUACUGUACUUGCUUAUCAUAAAAUAAUUUCUGAGAUAUUUCCAGAAGGAGAAAUGUUUCAACAAACCAAUCUUUAAUCUUAACCCUGGCUUUUUCAAGGUCUAUUUAAUGGGAUUUUCUCCAGUUUUGAUGCAGUUCUGUAAUUCCUAGAUCCCCUGAGAAAAGGCAAUUUUUGCACUCCUCUGCUCAUCAACCGCCCCUUUGCAUAAAGGAAAUGGAAAAGAUAUUGGAAACAAUGCUGCAAAAUUUGAAAGCGUUUAAGCUUUAUGCAAAAUAAAUGCAUUUCAAAUGUGUCAGGUUUCGUAAAAAUUUUCUUCUGCAAGCCAAUGAGAAAAGUGGCUCAAUGAGAUGCCAUUUUGUCCAAGAGUAUUUCCUCUCGACUGAUUUUUCCCGGUUUCGUUUGGGAUGAAAGAAACUUCGGACUGAGAUGCACUCAUGAAAAUAAUUUUUACUUGAAUUUGAGAUAUUAUGAAAGUCUUGAGUGUUUCUAGAAAUUCUAAUUUGAUUCCUUUACAUUUGACUCACGUCGGAUCUCUUUCUUUACAAUGAGCUAAUAGAAGUCGUUCUCUUUCUGUUCAAACCACGAAGCAUUUUUUGUGGAUUAUUAUGUUUUCCCCUUUUGAAAAAUUGCGCGUGUGAUUAAGGCAUAUUCAACCUGUAUCUCAAGAACGUUUUUUUCGCGUUGACCGGGAAAUUUGAGACAAUUGACCUUUUUUCAACGCUUUGGCGUGCAAAUACCGGAUGUUGACGAUCAAGUGUUGUAAACCUGAACAAAAGAAUUAUAAUUGUUAGAACCUUGACGCACAAAAUUCGUGACAUCUGUAAAAAAAAAAUUGAACUAUGAGAUUCUUUGACGAGUGUCGUGGCCUUAUUCCAACGAUGAAACUGUGAUUCCAUGCCGUCCGGGAAAAGGAGAAGUGCGUCGGCUCUGCUGUUCAAAAGCGUGUUACCUUGGAUCGCGGAUAUUGUGAUGCAUUGUUUCGGUUGCAUUCUUUGUUUCACGCGAAUACUGUAUCGCGUGCUUCUUUCACGUUUUGUGUUACGGUGCCAAUGAAGUGUUGCUGUGUUUGCGAUGAGAUUUUUGGUGAUUAUUGCGCCGUCUGUAAAGUGGAGCGUUCUCAUCAGGGAUAACUUGAUAUUGUUUCUCCGUUUUGACUGGAACGAUUCGAUGUUUGUGUUGAGAAUCAGUUGUGGGUUUUAUCGCGUUUAAUUCGUCUCUUGAUUGAACAAAUGGAGACAGUCAGUGGGAAGUGGCAUCAAUGUUCAGGGAGUUUUUGUGCUAUAUUGAUGGAUUAUUUGCAGUGUCAAAUAAAGGAAUGGUCUUGAAAGAAAAUUCUUUCACUGUA